AUGGGCCAUGACCUGACCUUCCUGUCGGAAUCAGACCCGGCGUUAACUUUCGAGCCUGCUCCGGCAGGGGCGCAGUACUCGAUGGGCGAGCUGUUGCGCAUGGUGGAGGAUGAGGAGAAUAUUGACCCGCAACAGCUGUGGAUGCUUUCAACACACAUGAGGACGGAGCGCGGUGGCGAUUGGCACAUGGCCCGGGUUGAGAACCUCACCUGGCGGCUGCGGAACAUGUGGAGCAAGUUGGGGCAGGAGGCAAAGAACAAGGUCUCUGUGGACCAGGUGUUGAAGAUCCUGGAGAAGUCCUCGGUUCCCUUGCAGAUGCACGAGGAGACAGAGGCCGUGCCGGAAGGCCUGGCAGCGGAGCCCGGGCGGCAGGGCCUCAAAGGGCGAGGGGCAGGUGAAGGGAGGAUGAAAGCACUGCCGUUGGCUGUGGGGAUUGAGAUGCAGCGUGGCCUGUCUGAAAGCCUUGAGGGAAGAGUUGGCAGUAGUGUUGAGUGUUGGGACACCGUGGUCAAUGUCGCGCUUGCAAAUCUCCACAAUUGGAUAGGGGACUUGUUGGCUUGCAAAUCGUUUGCUGCAAUCUGCCGUGAGCUUGCCCGAACAGCCGGAACAGCCCGGCUGGUGUGCCACAUCCUCCACAUCCUCUUUCGGCUCAGACGCUACCUUGCCGCAAGUGUGAAGCUUCCGGCCCAGCAUGAGCUCCUUGGCGAAGAGCAAGAAGAGCGGAUAAGAGUGGAUGGAAUCCCGGAGUCAUACCUCCUCGCUGACAGGUGUGGCUUUCGGGACUCCGAGCUUAGGGAUUUCUGCUGGGCCUUCCGCCUCUACGAUGUGCUCGGGGACGGUAAAAUAGAUGCCAUGCAGAUCCGCUCCGCGCUGGCCUGGCUUGGAGAAGAGCCCACGGACCGGCAGUUCCUGCAAGUCAUGAAUGACAUCGAUAGCCACGGCAAGGGGAUCCUGGACUUCCAGCGCUUCGUGAAGCUGAUGGCCAAGUUUGAUAGGUCGAUGAUCACUGAAGAUGAGCUGGUGAACGCGUUCAAAAUCUUUGACAAGGACAAGAGCGGAACGAUCGAUGCCAUCGAGCUGCAGGACGUGCUCGUCAAGCUCGGCUUCGAGGUCAACCCGCUGCAGGCGGAGGAAAUGAUCCAAGCUGCUGACGAUGACAACAGCGGCGAGUGCGAAUAUGGAGAAUUUGUGCGAAAGAUUAUCGAAAACCAGUGA